AUGCGAGGCGAGCAGAGCAGAAGAGCGGCUCUGGGCUUGCAGGCGGGUGUGUGGCGGGUGGCCUGCAUGCCGCGUGCGUGUGCGGCCCACUCACAGGAGUCACAGCUGGCCCAGCACAGCCCCUGCAGAUCCGCCGCUUUACCCUUCGCGGGUUCAGCGCACCCCAGCCAAGUGCAAGCUUGGCUCUGUGGUGUGGACUGGGUGUCUGCUCUGAGGGCCAGCACAACAGCCCCCGAGAAGCAGGUAAAUAAAGAGCUGCUGCGGCUGUCCCUGGAAUUUGAAGACAUGCUCCCUCCUAGGACUGGAAAUUCUCAUGCCCUGGAAACCCCAGCAGGAGAACCCAAAGUGUUUCCCAAAGACAAACACCCCCAUUAUGCACGGGACUGGGCCUUGGCAGACACCUCCAGCCACGGCGGGCACUUUGGCAGCGGCCCCUCCACGGGGAGCGGACGGUCCCCCGGUCCCAUCCAUCCUCGGGGCCGGAUUGGGCGCCGCAUCACCAAGCACUCCUUCAGCCCCAGCGCUCCGUCAAAGCCUCCUUUCUCCAUUUAG